AUGUAUGGCCCAGAAAACCAGGAGGGCGAUUCUCCGGAGCAGCAGCUGCUGCCACCUCCCCCCCCGCGGUACUUAGACGAGAUCCCCGCGCCCAGCCAGGCACACUACGCCUCAUCCCGAAGUGGUCCGCCGCCCCCUCGAGGAGGUCGCCGAGGCAGCGCAUAUGACUCCCCUGUUGCCCGCCACGAUCGCGGCGGAUUCGGCGGCGCAGCAGAUUAUCGGUACCGCGCCGAUUCCAUCACUAGCAGGGACAACGACUUUGAGCUAGGUCGCGAGCCUGGUCCAUAUUAUGAUGACCGCUCUGUCCAGCCGUUCCCCCGGGGCGGCUUGGGCCGUAGCGUGCCUCCGCGGCCGUUGGCGAACUUUCGGAAGAUCUUUUACGAGGAGAGUGCGGCCGUGAAGAACAUGUCCGAAGAGGAUGCGGCGCAGCUCCGUAAGGAGCUAGACAUUUCUAUGGUGUGUGGUCCGUCUGGGAUUAAGCCGUUGCCUUGCUUCGAGGAUGCGGGCUUUCCCAAGGAAAUUGAGGAGAAAUUGUACGCCGCCGGAUUCAAGCAUCCCUCUCCCAUUCAGGCUCAGGCCUGGCCUAUCUUGCUCCUGGGUCGCGAUUUUAUCGGCAUAGCAGAGACGGGUAGUGGUAAAACACUUGCAUUCCUCUUGCCAGCCGUUAUUCAUAUUCAAGACCAACCAGCAGUUGGAUUCAAUGAAGGGCCAAUUGCUUUGGUCCUGGCUCCAACCCGGGAGCUGGUAGAACAGAUCAAGACGGAGGCACACCGAUUCGCUGGCUCUCUCAAAACGGGAGUCGCCUACGGCGGCGCCCCGCGCCGAGGACAGCUGAGAAGCAUUCGUGACGGACUAGAUACCAUGAUCGCCUGUCCCGGACGCCUCAUCGACUUUGUGGAAAGAGGCGAGCUGUUUCUGAACCGAGUCACCUAUCUAGUUCUAGAUGAGGCGGAUCGCAUGUUGGAUAUGGGGUUUGAGCCUCAAAUCCGAACGAUAGUGAAGGACAUCAGGCCUGAUCGUCAAACGUUGAUGUUUUCGGCAACGUGGCCGAAGGAAGUGAAGGCGCUUGCGCGUGAUUUGUGUACCGAGGAUCCGGUCCACGUUUCAAUCGGGUCACCUGACUUGAAGGCGAAUCAUAGCGUGACCCAAAUUGUGCAGGUAGUUAACUCGUUGGAGGAUCGUCAUCAGCAGGUAAUGGACUUGCUUACUAGACUGACUCAGGAUGAUCCGCAUCAGCGCAUCCUGAUAUUUACAGAGACAAAGCGUGGUUGUGACGUUUUGACGAGACAGCUGAAAGCGACGGGGCUGCAGGCUUUGUGUAUUCAUGGCGAUAAAGAGCAACGCGAGAGGAUGUAUGUUCUGCAGGAAUUCAGAAGCGGUUCUCACCCGAUUCUGGUCGCCACGGACGUUGCGUCAAGAGGUCUAGAUAUUAAGAAUGUGAUGGUAGUUAUUAAUUACGACAUGCCCAACCAGGUGGAGGAUUAUGUACAUCGGAUUGGCCGCACUGGCAGAGCCGGAGCGAAGGGCAUCUCGUAUUCCUUUAUUAGCGAGGAUAAGGCGCGGCUUGCCUCGGACUUGAUAAAAAUAUUGGAGGAGGCAAAUCAGGCCGUUCCUCCGGAGCUUAGAGACCUCACUAUGAAAGGCGGUAAACAGUCGUCAAAGUACGGCGCGGCCAGAAGAUAUGGUGGCGCAGGAGGAUUUCCCUCCAGAUUUGGCGGUGCCCGAGGCGGCGGUAACUACGGCUAUUCUAGCGGAAACUAUGGUGGGGGUGCUUAUGCGCCCGGCCGCGGCGGAGGAUACCGCCCUACCUCCGCCGGCGGCUAUCACGGCGUAACUGGCUACAAUCAUGGCGGGGCUGGCGGCUACGGUCACGGUGGAGGUGGCCAUAGUCAUGGCGGGUCUGGCUACGGCGGAGCUGGCUACAGCCAUGGCGGAUCUGGCUACAACCACGGCGGCGCCGGAAUAACUGCACAAAGCGCUUAUUCUGGUGGUGGUUAUAGCAUGGGAAUCUAUAGGUGA